AUGAAUCUUCCGAGCAACAGUUCAUCAUUCUCUUCAUCUCGUCCUGGCUCCUCGCCACGCAACUCAAACAGCCUUUCCUGUCCUGCGUCUUCAUCAUCCUCAUCUUCUGGCGGGACCGGAAUUGGUAGUUGUAAUAGUGAUGGUAUUACACCAGUUACAUUAACACCAACUACGACCUCUUCAACAGUCAUACUUACCAGUGAAAGCAGUCUUGUUUCUAUCAGUGGUAAUGCUUACAAGUCUUCUGGGUUGACCAGCUCCGUCAAAGAGCCUUUGCGUCAUUCUGGGAUUAGCAGCUCGGCCGCGAAGCCAGUCUCUGAUUCUAGCUCCAGCGUAGCCACUCGUAAACGAGGCAGUGGUGGGCCCAAUACCGUCAGCUCAUCCAUAACCACUGGAAUUGGAACUGUGAUGAAUAGUGCUGGUAGCAACACUUCACUAAGCGGGUCUUUUGGAAACUCAGCUAUAACACUUUCGUCAUCUUCUGGAGCUGCUAGCUCCACCUCUGCAUCUGGCUAU